CGCCUGCUGCUUGUUUCUUUUGUAGGGGGAAGAGGGGGAGAUGGAUGCCCUGUUAUCACCUUUCCAGACUAUCCAGCUUUCAGCGAGAUUCCUGAGAAGGAGUUCCAGAAUGUCCUGACAUACCUGACGAGCAUCCCAAGUUUACAAGAUGCUGGAAUUGGAUUUAUUCUUGUCAUAGAUCGCAGACAAGACAAAUGGACCUCUGUGAAAGCUUCCAUACUGCGGAUAGCAGCAUCUUUCCCGGGAAACCUGCAACUAGUCCUCGUUCUGCGCCCAACAGGAUUUUUUCAUCGAGCUCUCUCGGACAUUGCUUUCAGGUUCAACAAAGAUGAGUUUAAAAUGAAAGUACCUAUCAUAAUGCUGGGCUCAGUAUCAGAACUACAGGGUUACAUUGAUAAAACACAAUUAACAGAAGAUCUUGGUGGCACCCUGGAUUACUGCCAUAACACAUGGCUGUCCCGUCGCACUGCUAUAGAAGGUUUCGCCCAAAAGGUUAAGCAAACAGCUCAGAUUCUUCAGUCCUUUGGGACUGAGCUGGCUGAAACAGAACUACCAAAUGAUGUGCAAUCAACCAGCUCCCUUCUUGCAACACACACAGAAAAGAAGGACAAAAUGAAGGAGGAUAUCAGGUUAGCAGUAGAGCAGGGAGAUGAUAUCCUUGGAAGUAUUACAAAACCAGUUACUGAGAAUCCUGAAUACAAACUGAAUCAAGAUCAGCUAGACAAUCAAACAACGGUAGAAAGGCUUCUGGCUCAAUUACAUGAAACGGAGGCUGCCUUUGAUGAGUUUUGGAUUAAGCAUCAGCAAAAACUUGAGCAGUGUCUGCGUCUUCGGAAUUUUGAACAGAAUUUUAGAGAGGUCAAAGCAGCUUUGGAUAUUGUGUCCGAGAGACUGUCUGCUUUCACAGAUGUGGGAAACAGCUGUUCGCAUGUGGAGCACAUUUUGAAAGAUCUUGCCAACUUUGAAGAAAAAUCAUGUGAAACUAUAACAAAAGCCAGAAUGCUAGCCUCAGAAGGUGAUGCUUUUAUUCAAGGCAAUCAUUAUGCUGUGGACUCCAUUAUUCCAAAAUGCAGUGAACUUCAUCAUCUCUGUGAUGCCUUCACUACUGAGACAGAACGGAGGAGGAAUCUUCUUAACAAAUCUCUAGAAUUGCAUGGCUUACUAGAAAAGUCUAUGAGGUGGUGCGAUGAAGGAAUUUAUCUGCUGGCUUCGCAGCCAGUAGAUAAGUGUCAGUCUCAGGAUGGUGCAGAAUCAGCAUUACACGAGAUUGAGAAAUUCCUGGACACUGGUGCAGGCAAUAAGAUUAAGGAGUUGAAUAAAAUUUACAGAGAGUAUGCACACAUCCUCAAUGAGGACCUAAAGGAGCAUGUGCAAAAGGUUUUCCAGAAGCAAGAAAGUAUGGAAGAAAUGUUUCAAAAGAGACAAGUAAGUCUUAAGAAACUGGCAGCUAAGCAGACACGUCCUGUCCAGCCAGUUGCACCAAGACCUGAAGCCUUUGUAAAAUCUCCUUGUCCCUCUCCAGGUCUUCAAAGAGAAUGUGUAUCCAACUCAGAAAGCAGUGCGCUUCGGAGGGUAAACUGCAGAAGAGGAAAGAGUGAAAUGACUGAACUCCAUCAAAGCAGAGGAGGAUCUACAAUGGAUGAUGAAGAAAACCUAGCUGUGUUACGGCAGCAUGUCAUUAAUGAACUUAUUGAGACUGAACGAGCAUAUGUAGAAGAACUUCUCUGCGUUCUUGAGGGUUAUGCUGCAGAGAUGGACAACCCCUUAAUGGCUCAUCUCAUUUCACCAGAACUGCAAAAUAAGAAGGAUAUCUUGUUUGGGAAUAUGGAAGAAAUUUAUCAUUUUCACAAUAGAAUAUUCUUGAGAGAACUAGAAAACUACGUAGAAUACCCAGAACUAGUAGGACGAUGCUUUCUGGAUCAGAUGGAAGAUUUCCAGAUUUAUGAAAAAUACUGUCAAAAUAAACCUCGAUCUGAAAGUUUGUGGAGGCAGUUUUCAGAUUCUGUGUUCUUUCAGGAAUGUCAAAGAAAACUCGAUCACAAGCUCAGUUUGGACUCAUACUUGCUGAAACCCGUUCAAAGAAUAACGAAAUACCAAUUAUUGCUAAAGGAAAUGCUGAAGUACAGUAAGAACUGUGAAGGUGCUGAAGAUCUUCAGGAGGCAUUAACUUCUAUACUGGGUAUUCUCAAAGCAGUUAAUGAUUCUAUGCACCAGAUAGCCAUUACAGGCUACGAUGGAAACCUGAAUGAGUUGGGCAAGCUUUUAAUGCAGGGAUCCUUCAAUGUCUGGACUGAUCAUAAAAAGGGUCAUUCGAAGGUGAAAGAUUUGGCACGCUUCAAGCCAAUGCAGCGACACCUCUUCCUCCACGAGAAAGCAGUGCUGUUCUGUAAAAAGCGAGAAGAAAAUGGAGAGGGAUAUGAGAAAGCACCUUCUUACAGCUACAAACACUCCUUAAAUAUGGCAGCAGUUGGAAUUACAGAAAAUGUCAAAGGGGAUGCAAAAAAAUUUGAAAUCUGGUAUAAUGCAAGGGAAGAAGUUUACAUCAUACAGGCACCAACCCCUGAAGUUAAAGCUACUUGGGUAAAUGAAAUAAGAAAAGUGCUGACGAGUCAACUGCAGGCAUGCAGAGAAGCUAGUCAGCACAGGACACUAGAACAAACACAGAGUUUACCUCUACCAGCAUCGUCUUGUACAAGUCCUUCACGGAACCAUAUCAGAAACACCAAAAAAAUAGAGGAGAGAAAAGCUGAUCUCACAAGUCUAGAAGGCUAUGGCACCACAAUAGCACCGAAGUACCCCGAGAAAGGCAAAGAUGACACUAGCUCUACCUCAGAAUGCUCUGUACUGUCAAAAAAGCGCUUUACGCUGCAGGGCUUUACUAAUCUCAAAAGUCAGAAAGCUUCUCCUACCAGUCCUGACAAAAAAGCUAAACGGCAUGAAGUAGUGAGUGACCCAACUCCUUUUGGUUUAAGAGGUUGGGCUAAAACAUCUCAUUCUCUUGAUGCAUCUGAAGAAAAUGAUGGCUGGUCUAGUGCUGAAGAUCCGCUGAAUUCAUCGGAUGCAGAGGAAGAAGGAGGAGGAGGGGGAGGCGAAAUGAAGCUGACUCCUGGUAAAUAUACAGUUGUGACUGAUUAUGAGAAAGGAGUUUCUGAAGAAUUUACAGUGAAAAGUGGAGAUCUAGUUCAACUGAUUCGUGAAGGGGAGGAUGGACUUUGGUAUGUAAAGAACCUGAGCACUGGUAGAGAAGGUUGGAUCCCAGCAAACAAUCUGCUGAUGCUCAUAGGCAAUUCAAAAUCAGCUCAAUCUUUAAGCAGCUCUGAAUCAGGCACUGCCUCCAGCACUUUGAGCACAUCAUCAAGUUGCAGUGAUAGCUGCAAUGCCAGCAGCACCAGCUUCUCGGACAUUAAGGGCUAACAGUAAAUUUUCACCCCACCUCCAUGGAAGGUAAAUCCGGAGUUUGUAAUUUUGUGCAGAGUUCUAGAUGUUGGACUCAAACAGAGAACCACGAGUUCUGUGUUGCCAGCUUUGAGUAUUUUCACUGGUGAUUUUUACAGGUUCUCCCAGAAGAUGCCAAUGAAAAGUGCAUGGAAUGUGAAGUUGUAAAUAAAAGCUAAACAAUUUGAAAUAGGGUCUUGCAGAGGCUUCUGCUCUGAAGUCUGAAGCUGCAGAGCUGUUAGCAUAAAACACAUUUUCUCACUGAUAUACAAUCAGGUUUCUGCAGAACUGUAUCAUUUUGUAACAGCAAGGAUCUGAAUGUGAGCAAACAAAAUGUGUUCAGUGCUAAAUCCUUAUCGUAAACUGAUAACACAGCAAUCACUGUACAGGAUAGGUAUGAAGAAAAUAAAUCCAAGUUUACAAUUUCUCCUCCCAAAAAACCCCUUUCUCCAAGGACGUACCUCGGUCAAUGCAGUGAAUGGGACUCUUACAGCAACCAGGAAGGAGGUUUGGUCCAGCCUUUUCUCUUCUCUUGGGUCUUCAGGAUAUUCUUCUGCUCCCUAGAGACUGGGAUGCAGACAUGACCAAUUUAUUGACCACAACAGCAUCAAAAGAAAUUACUAUUUUAUCCUGUCCAACCUUUUAAUGAUGUGUGCGAUGGAAUAGCUGUUUUCUGAGGUAUUUUGGCCUCACAACCAAAUUCUUUACCAAGAUCACUGUGUUUACAUAGCCUUGGCAAUUUAGUAGUAUCUUUUUCCUUACGCAGGUGCGCAAUGAAACACAAAUGUUCUUAUUCACUAAACGAUUUCUUAAUAAACAGUAAUCGCAUGGUUACCUUCAGCUCUCGCAAUUGACAUGCAGUUACAGGCAGAGGAAACUAUUGUGGCUGCGCUAUGGGUCAAGAGCCUUCCUUCAGACAAACGUAGGAGGGCUAGAAACCAGGUGUAUUUUUAGUCAAUAGUGUUUGUUGCAGAUUUAUUCAAACAAAAAACACGACAACAUAACUUUUGUAUAAAAGGGGAGCACGGGAGAAAAAAAAUCUGUAUUAGAGAAGGGUCAGAUUUAUGCUAAGACAAGUAUUUCAAAUUUUUUUAAAGGAAGGGUAAUACUAAACUUGACAUUUUUCAAGGUAUGAUGUAAGCCAAUGUUGUAAAUUUUCACCUUGUCAGAUGUUCUUUGCACUUCAUUCUUACAAACAGUCCAGAACUGUGUGCAUGUAUGGAAUAUUGUAUUCAUUCCUGUCCAUCUCUCAAAUAUUUUUACUUAUAUGAAAAUAGGUUUUUAACUGAUUCAUGUAUCAUAUUAUUUAAAAAUAAUGUGGCCACUAAAAGCGUAAUUUUUCAGAAGCAACGGGAACUGCUGUUAAUCAUCAGACCCUCUGACGGCUGGGCCCUGAAGUCUACCUUUAUGCCAAAAUUUUAGAUUUUAAAGGCUGCAGCUUAGGAAAUGUAAAGGACAAAUACUCUUUAAAAAAUUAUCUUACUCCUGAGUUGCAAAAGCAACCCUACCCCAGACGCAAUCAAAAUGCAGCUGACCAUGGUCAGCACAAAUUGAAACAUAUAUACACACACACACAUAUAUUUAUGUACAUAUAUAUGUACAUGUAUGUGCUUGUGUGUGUAUAUAUGUGUGUGUAAAUAUGUAUAUGUGUGUAGAUAUGAUGUAUCAAUGUAAAAGAUGUAUUUAUAGUCUUCAUGCUGCUGAAUGUGUCACUUUACAAUUCAUAAAUACUUAGGUUUCUUGCAAUAUAAAGGCUGAUCAGGGCUUUACUUCAGGCAUCUUUUCCAACGCAGAAAUCCUUUGAUCUUUUUUUAAUUAUCCCAUAUAAUACUGGGCUGACUGGGAAUAUUUAGUCUGAUAUUUAACAAUGGAAUGGCAACAUGAGAUUCAGUUUAUCUUCAUCUACGUAAGUUAUUUUGUAAAUUAUCUGUAACAUAAUUUACUUAUAUAUUGCUGUCAUUGCUAGGAUGAGACUGUCCUGUCAUUUCUCACCGCAGCCUCAUUUGUGUUAUUUCAAUGGUUCUCUCCACAUCAUUGCACUUUAAUACAACCCAUUUCACCAUUUCCUUUUUUACUGCUGUUGUGAAUUAGAAGUUCAAAGUCAGAGGUCUCUAUUGUAAUUAUGAAAAUUUGAAUAAAUUUCAGCACUUCUUGCUGAAUGCCUUUAUAUAGA